AUGCUCGUUCCAAUAUUGACCAAACUGUAUAGAGUAUGGUACGCGGCAGGUUGCUUUCCAGUGUCGUUCCUACAAGCAGAUAUAUUCUGCAUCAAGAAAAAUGGAGACGGGGGCAACCCGCUUAAUUACAGACCACUAGCGCUGCUCAACACCGACUAUAAGAUCCUAACGCGGCUCUUGACGUCUAUUAUUUGCCCGACGUUAGAGAAACGAAUCAGCCUCCAGCAGAACGGAUUUGUGCCGGGCCGAGAUAUUCACGACACGAUCGACUACUUUCUGGCGGCCAAACGCGUUGCAGCUACAUCAUCAGAGCAUCGAAAUGCGCUGGCACUGCUGCUAGACUUUGCGAAAGCGUAUGAUUCGCUUGAACGAGACUUCCUCUAUCAAGCACGUCGCAGGCAUGGCUAUCCAGAGCACUUUGUUACUGUUAUCAAGAGCCUGCACACGGGUACGACGGUUCGAUUCCUUGCGAAUGGAGAGCAUUCACGGACAUUGACGGUCACACGUGGUAUUCGCCAGGGAUUCCACCACAUGGCUCCACUCCUGUUCAUCCUCGCGUUAGAGCCCUUAUAUCAACGCGUCAUGAGAGAACCAACCCUGAGAGGUGUUGUCAUUCGCACGCAAAACGCAAAAUUCACAUUAGGAAUUGCGGGAUAUGCAGAUGAUACCACAAUCUACCUUCGAACUCCUGACGGAGUGGUGACAUUGUUGGCAAUUACGGACCUUUUUGGAACGGCAUCCGGAUUAUGCCUCAAUCACGCCAAGACAAUUGCGAUCAUGUUACAUCACGAUGGCUUCACCACCACCACUGCAUGGGUAUGGUCAAUCCAGCUUCAACCGGUAACGAAACAGUGUCGAUACUUGGGGAUACAAGUGGACAGUCGCUCCGACGUGGGAGCAAUGUGGAUCCUGGCAAGAAAACAACUUCUGCUCCGUCUGAGACUUCCUUGCCACAAGUUAAUUUCGGUAGAUCAACGAUCUCGGGUGGCAGCAGCAGUCAUUAUUCCCAAGCUUCUCUUUAUCGCUCGUCAUGCUUGGCCCAACACGGAUAUUGUCGACAUGUUUACGGCUCGCAUUAAGGCGUUUGUAUGGAGCGGAGUUUUUCGAUGA